ACCGGUCGAGCCAAGCGGAUCUAGAGCCAGGUCAUCGGCCGCAGAGCCCGCCCUCCAGCCUCCUGCGCUAGCACUGCUGCCCAACCAUCCCGCGCAGCCAGGCCCUGCCCAGCCCCGGUGCCCCUCCCGCGGCUCCUCGGGUCCCUGUCACCGCCCCCGCUCGGGCCGCUGCCCCCAGGCCCAGCCUGGUCCCUGCCCCCCCGCGCCCGCGUCCCCAUGGAGCAGCUGCUGCGCGCGGAGCUGCGCACCCGCACCCUGCGGGCCUUCGGGAGCUCAGGGGCCGGCUACAUCAGCGAAGGCCGCGCCUACGACACAGACGCUGGCCCGGUGUUCGUCAAGGUGAACCGCAGGACGCAGGCGCGGCAGAUGUUCGAGGGGGAGAAGGCGAGCCUGGAGGCCCUUCAGGCCACAGGCCUGGUGCGGGUGCCUCGGCCAGUCAAGGUGAUCGACCUGCCAGGAGGCGGGGCCGCGUUCGUGAUGGAGUACCUGAAGAUGAGGAGCUUGAGCAGUCAGGCAUCAAAACUUGGAGAACAGAUAGCAGAUUUGCACCUUUACAACCAGAAGCUCGGGGAGAAGUUGAAGGAGAAGGAAAGCACAGUGGGCCAGAGGGCUGGGUGUGCGGAGCCCCAAUAUGUGACCAAGUUUGGCUUCCAGACUGUGACCUGCUGCGGCUUCAUCCCACAGGUGAAUGAGUGGCAGGAGGACUGGCCGACCUUCUUCACGCGGCACCGGCUCCAGGCGCAGCUGGACCUCGUUGAGAAGGACUACGCUGACAGAGAGGCACGGGAGCUCUGGUCACAGCUACAGGUGAAGAUCCCGGAUCUGUUUUGUGGCCUGGAGAUCAUCCCUGCCCUGCUCCACGGGGACCUCUGGUCGGGAAACGUGGCCGAGGAUGACAUGGGGCCCAUCAUUUAUGACCCGGCUUCCUUCUACGGCCACUCAGAGUUUGAACUGGCAAUUGCCUUGAUGUUCGGGGGGUUUCCCAGGUCCUUCUUCACCGCCUACCACAGGAAGAUCCCCAAGGCCCCCGGGUUUGACAGGCGGCUGCAGCUCUACCAGCUCUUUAACUACCUAAACCACUGGAACCAUUUUGGGCGGGAAUACCGCAGCCCAUCCCUGGGCACCAUGAGGAAGCUUCUGAAGUAGCAGCCACUGGCAUCCUGUGCCCUAGCCAAGGGCGCCCUCCUCGUUUGCAAAUAACUAAUAAAGCACUUGGAAGCCGGGGGUCUCCAGGGGUCAGACCACUGUGUCUUAGCGGUGCCUUCACCCUUGUGGGCAUGAGAGUGCCCCACUGUGUCACUAUCCUCCCCAUGGGGGCCUGGACCACCGGGAAAGGUCACCAACAGGCUCGUGACAUUUCAUAAUCUGGGGGGAG